ACCUCAUCAUCAAUUCAAUUCUACCCUUCAAAUCCUAAUCCUCUUCUCUUCUCUCUCUCUCACUCUUCUCUAUUUCACUCUCUUCCUUUCUCUCUUCAACACAAUUUCAUUUUCAUUUUCAAUUUUUUUAAGAUGAAGAAGCUUUAUCGGAAGGGCACCGUCCACCCUUCACCGCCAACAAUCUCCGACCAGCUCUCUUUCCUCCCGGCCACCAUCCUCACCCUCACCGUCGCUCUCUCACCGGAGGACCGUGAAGUCCUCGCUUACCUCAUCUCCUCCAACAGUUUCUCCUCCUCCUCCGGAAACCCUCGCCGGGCACCAAAAGGUGUCGCCGACGGCGCCGAUCAUCCUGCUCUCUUCCAUUGCAGCUGCUUCCGCUGCUACAUGAGCUACUGGGUCCGUUGGGACUCCUCUCCGAACCACCAGCUCAUACAUGAAAUCAUUGACGCUUUUGAAGAAUGGCUUGCACAAACCAACAAAGGUGGUGGUGGUAGUAGCAGGAAGGAGAAGAUUCAGAAGAAGAACAAGAGGGGUGGUGGUUCUUCUAACAACAAAUCCAAGCGCUCUGAGUUGGUCAAAGUGAGUUCGCCGUGUAAUGGUUCAGCUGAGCCGGAAUUAGUACUGGGUGAGACCGAGACAAGUGUAAAUAGUAGUGGAAGCGGAGGUUUCGGCGGUGGUGGUGGUGGUGGUGAUGUUGUUGAAGGCGGUGGUGGAGUUGAAGAUGAUGAGGAGAAAGGGUCGGUGAGAAGGUUUGUGAGUUUCAUUGGUGAAAGGAUUUGGGGUGCUUGGGGUCAGUAGUGAAUUUGGGAACAAGAUGAAAACAAAAGGUGGGUUUUCCUUUUUUUUCUUUCUAUUUGUUUCUUUUUUUAUAAAUUAAUUAAUAUUUUCUCCCCCUUUUUUGUACAUUAAUCACUUCCAUGAACUGUAUUAAAGGAAAUGGCAGUUUGGUUUA